AUGAGUAAAAGUCUUGAUUUUUUAAGCAAUGGCUAUGAUGAGUUAUCAAGUUUUUGUCACAAAGCCAAAAACGAUUUUGCUCAGCUAAACAAGAAGCUUGAUAACCUGACAACCAGAGUAGACGAAAUUGGCCAAGCGAUUGAUAAUAUUGAACGCUAUAGCUAUCAGUACAAUGUAAAGAUCAUCGGAAUACCAGA